CCCUAGAUUUACGCCGCGGCGCACGUAUGCGACAUGCUCAGCUCAUUCUCAGCAGCCGUAAGGUUCCGUUCAUCGAUGAGCAAAAGUGGUCUGAGUUUUGACGGAUUUCACCCAAAAUUCAGCUCGUAGUUUUAUUCACAACUGGCUUUGCAUCCUCGCCAAGAUGAAAAGCAGACGACUGGAGGUCGCAUUGAGGAUUGUUGUGGUGGUAAUUCUCGCGGAAUGUGCGACACUUGCGACGGGUACAACAUGCGAGGAGAUUCCGCUUGAGGUGUGUUCCGCCCUUCCCUACUCCCAGACCGGUUUCCCCAACAGUCUCGGGCACGCAUCACGCGACCAAAUCCCGCCACAUCUCGGUAGCGCCUUCCAAACAUUGAUAAGGAUCGGUUGCUAUGACAACUCACAGCUCUUCUUGUGCGCGGCUGCCUUCCCGCAGUGCACCGCCGAUGGAAGGCUGCUUCCGCCGUGCCGCUCCCUGUGCGAGGGCGCCGUUUCAAACUGCGGUUUUUGGUUUGGAUUUUACCCGGACCUGCUGGAUGGCAUCGACUGCGAGGCCAUGCCAAAUUCAUCCGAUUCGAGUGUUUGCGUCGGAUUAAACACUCCUUACCCACAAGCGACGAGUGAACAAAACGAGGACGCAACUUUAGUUUUUGAUGCAACUUCACAAAUGAAAUCUACCAACUCUUCAAGUAUGCCAAAUUCCGUCUCCACAUCGGAAACUUUGUUUUUUACUCCAUCACCAAGGCAACCGACGACCACAACGUCCAAUCCGAAUAAAGAGAAUAAAACUGAGGAGGAUGAGGGCAGGAAACCAGCAAACAGUACUUUGUUUAAUUAUUACUUUACUUCAGAGGUCGUAGGGCAAAGGUCAACUGAGAGCAAAGGAGGUCACAAGAUGACUGACAGUAUUGACAAGGCUGUGAGAACAGACAGGAACUCUCAAGGUGGUUCCAAAAAUUCAAGCGCUGUACCAACUUUAGGAAUUGUACUCAGUGUGCUGUCCUGUGCAGGAAUUGUGGUGCUUCUUAUCAGUUGUGCAUUCUUCAGAAAAGCCUUUGGCAAACCGUUCGGCAGUCGUCGCCGCAAGCCCAGGGAGGGUGCAUUCUAUACAAACCCGGCGUUCAGCGAUUUGCCUCAGGGCCCGACGGUCACAAACACGAAUGGAGAGUCACUUGGAGCCAAGCAGCAACCCUAUACACUAGAGGACCUGCCUCCACACCCGGCAAGCGUCGAUGCCCGUCCCCGCCCCCUACAACACGCCACACCCAACGUAUACCAGCAAGAACCCGGCGGUUUCGUCGAGCAGAACCUGUUUACCGUCGCGCACUCUCCCCGUCCCGACCACGCCAUCGAAGUCGGUCACUUGAAAACCUCCGUCUCGCUUAACGCCGAAAUAGAAAACCCUAGUUCUGCUGAAAAGAGGCAUAGGAUAACGAGCGAUCUGGUAUAUUCAAAUACGGCCACGAGCGUCGCCAUGGAUACAAACGCCAACGAGCAGGGUGGUAACGCCAGCAGAAAGGACGGGAGUAAUGGAACCGCAACAGCGCCCCCUAGUGUUGAGAGUUUCCCGAUGGUGAGUUCAAACAUGGAUGAUGGUGAUAUGAUUAUCGCAAAUCCAAUUGCGUGCUAGCACAAAAAUGGUUUGUUUCAAUUUUAUAUGUUUUCUAUUAAGCAGGUCAUAUUUAUAUAUUUCUGCACAGUUUAGAGUCUUGGUUUGUGCUAUUGUUAAGCAUCGGUGCAAAUAUGUUAAUGUAUGUUUUAGUACCUACCGGUAUAAGUUGAUUAAAAACUUGAUAGAUGUUUUUUUAAUGAUAUUCUCGCAACGAUAGCUAACAUUCCAUUGAUGUGGUUUCAAAAAACCCAAACGGUACUAUUGUGUUGUCUUGAUAAUAUUUUGAAUUCCUAUUCUGAAAUGAAUGACGAAAACAAUAUUGCUCAAUCUCCUUAUAUUUUACAUUGAAAAAAUAAAUAAAACACAGUUGUUAUAUAAAACCAAAAAAAAAAAAAAAAAAAAAAAAUGAAAUAAAUAUAUUGAAUCAGAUGCAGUGAGAAAUGUUAGAUCACUCCUGUUUUUUUCCAAAGUCAAAGUACUAGAUUGGACAACUUAAUUUUUUUUUUUUUUUUUUUUUUAGAGUGAAACAUUUUACCCCGUUAUGGACAAUUGGUUAACUUCUGUGUGGUAUUCCUUCUCGGCUGGACAUUGUGUAUGGUGUUUAAACCCCAAUCUAUCUAAUUGUAUUCUGUAAUUUGGUGAGUUAUUAAGUGAAUUUGUUUUGUUUCAAAAUUUAAUAAAGUAUAAGUUGUGAUUCUAUAUUUAGUCAACUUGAAUAUUGUGUUUAAAUAGUUUUGUGCUUUUUUGUGUU